GCAUCCCGCCUAGCGGGGCGUGGGAACCCGAAGAGCCGUGUCUUCGCGCCGCAGGCUCCCAGAGGCCCCGAAGCUGAGGCCCGCCCGACACUCACCGCAGCUCGGCCCCCUCGGGAAAUAUUGAGAGAAAAGUCACGCACUCCGAGCACGCAGCUCCGCCGAGUGGACCGCCCUGCCCCGCCUCUCCGCGCGUGCGCCGCCCGCCGUGCGCCUCCCCGCCUGGAUCGAGCCACUGUCCCAGGCUAAGGGGGAUGAAGGGCUGGUUCACCACGCUCGGCGUGGGCAGCAGACAACGCGGACUGCAAGGAGGGAUUCUAGACAGAUGUCACCUUUAUUUACCUGAUCCUGCCCCUGAGUAGAGCGACUCUGGGGACCUGACGCAUUUCCCAUCGGGCGUGCCCACUACCGCGUUUCCUCCCCCCCCCCCCACCCCCAUACACCGGGAGGAGUGCGGAGGCCUGGCCAGGUGGGCGGGGCCAGAGCAGCCAUUGGCGGCUUCGAAAGCGCCGCGGCGGGAAGGGCUGCAGACGCGGCGGGCGAUGUGGACAGGCCAGGGCCAGAAAGAUGGAUGAGAAUAUUGCUGAGUUUCUCCGGAGGAGCAUCUUGAAAAUCCCCUUGCAUGAGAUAAAGACCAUCCUAAAAACCUGGGACUUUCUGUCUGAUGACCAACUGGAGACCAUAAACUUGCGGCAGAGAAAGGAAUCUCUGGCCCAGGAAAUAAUUCUGCUCUGUGAGGGGAAGAAUGCAAGUCUUGAUGACAUGGCCCUCUUAGACAUCGUGUACGCUCAAGUUCACCGGCACAAGAAGCUCUGGGACGUCUUUGAGAUGACCAAAGAACCAGGUGAAGAUGUCGACCUUUUUGACAUGAAACAGUUCCAAGAUUCCUUUAAGAAAAUUCUUCAGAGAGCAUUAAAAAAUGUUGCAGUCAACUUCAGAGUCGACCAGAAGAACGCUGUGUGGAUUCGGGUUGCCUGGGGAACACAACAUUCACAACCAAACCAGUACAAACCCACUUUUGUGGUGUACUAUCCCCAGACUCCAUAUGCCUUCAUUUCUACCUGCCCCCUGAAGAGCACUGUACCCCUUCUCCAUCAGGCCCUGAAGGUUGCAAGCAAACACCAUCAUAUGGUGCACCUGAAUCUGAGAAGCCGGCACCUGGACUCGCUCAAGGCUAUCGUUUUUAGAGAGUAUAAUCAGACCUUUGACAGCCACAACACCACAGUGCCUCUGCAGAAAGGAAGCUUUGGACUAGACGUGAAUUUGGAUUCAGACAUCAUUCUUGAAAACACAGAAGAAAAAGAAAGAAUCCAAAGAGUCACCCAGGAGACGUUUGGAACCUAUUCCCAGCCACAGCUGGAAUUUGCACAGUAUAAGCUGGAGACCAGAUUCAAGAGUGACAUGAGUGGCGGCAUCUUGGCUGACAGGAAAGAACCCCUCCGGUGCCUUAUAAAGUUCUCAAGCCCACACCUUUUGGAAGCAUUGAAAUCCUUAGCACCCGCCGGUAUAGCAGAUGCACCGCUUUCUCCACUGCUCACCUGUAUACCAAGCAAGAAAAUGAAUUAUUUUAAAAUUAGAGAUAAAUGAGAUACAUGUGGCUUUGCUCGUAUUGCACAUGGAAUCCCCGUUGUAGCCGGCUGGCUUUGUAUAGACUCUUGUGCUUUAGAAAUCAGUCCUUGGCAUUGGAAAGUCAGUGCUUUUAAUGUAACUAUUGGGACUAAAUAUGUCCUCCCUAUGUGCUCUUGCACUCUUGCUCCUCUGACCUACUAAUUACAGCAGCUGUGGGCAUUUGAGAAGCGAUACCUCUGGCUGCUCAGCAGGUCUUGGGCCAGCUGCGUAAAGGUAUAAAAGGCCUUAGCUCGGGGCAAAAUAAAGGUUGCUGUUCUUCCACCUGAAAAGAAGCCUCUGCCUCUCAAACCCGGCUCAAAUCCAGCUGUAGGUCAUCUUUUAAAUUAGUGAUUGAUGGAGGAGGGCCCAGUCCAUUGUGGGUGGUGCCAUCCCUGGGCUGG